AUGUAUCUAUGGAUGUAUGUAUCUAUCUAUCUAUCUAUGUAUGUAUCUAUCUAUCUAUCUAUGUAUGUAUCUAUCUAUCUAUCUAUGUAUGUAUGUAUGUAUCUAUCUAUGUAUGUAUGUAUCUAUCUAUGUAUGUAUGUAUCUAUCUAUCUAUCUAUCUAUGUAUGUAUCUAUCUAUCUAUGUAUGUAUCUAUCUAUCUAUCUAUGUAUGUAUCUAUCUAUCUAUCUAUGUAUCUAUCUAUCUAUCUAUCCAUCUAUGUAUCUAUGCAUCCAUCCAUAUGUAUGUAUUCAUCCAUGUAUCCAUCCAUGUAUCUAUCUAUCUAUCUAUAUAUCUAUCCAUCUAUAUAUCUAUCUAUCUAUGUAUGUAUCUAUGUAUGUAUGUAUCUAUCUAUCUAUAUAUCUAUCUAUCUAUCUAUGUAUCUAUCUAUCUAUAUAUCUAUCUAUCUAUGUAUCUAUCUAUGUAUGUAUGUAUCUAUCUAUCUAUAUAUCUAUCUAUCUAUGUAUGUAUCUAUCUAUCUAUAUAUCUAUCUAUCUAUAUAUCUAUCUAUCUAUCUAUGUAUGUAUCUAUCUAUGUAUGUAUCUAUCUAUGUAUGUAUCUAUCUAUCUAUCUAUGUAUCUAUCUAUCUAUCUAUGUAUCUAUCUAUGUAUCUAUAUCUAUUUAUAUCUAUUUCUAUCUAUCUAUUUCUAUCUAUCUAUUUCUAUCUAUCUAUUUCUAUCUAUCUAUCUAUCUAUCUAUCUAUCUAUAUAUUUAUCUAUCUUUUUAUAUCUAUCUAUCUAUUUAUAUCUAUCUAUCUGUGGUUAACAAAACAACGAGAUCCUGAAACAAUGCAGCAAAGUUUACUAUUUCAGAUUGAUUAUCCUGAAAUUGCUGAUGUGAUCAUUCCCCGCCAUAGAUUCAUGGCUGCUUAUGAACAAAAAGUUGAACCACCUGAUAGGAAGUGGCAGUAUCUUUUAUUUGCUGCAGAACCUUAUGAAACUAUUGCCUUCAAGGUGCCUAGUCGUGAAGUUGACAAAGACCCUAAAAAACUAUGGACUUAUUGGAAUAAAGAAACAAAGCAGUUUUUCCUGCAGUUUGCCUUCAAGUUGGACCAGAAAGUUAACCAGCCUCCAUCAAUACCUCCACCACCAUCAAAUCAGAUUGCACGAAACAUGCAGAUACCACAACGCAUGCCCCCACCUCCACCAGUGGCUCCACCACCCUCACUACAAGGCAUGAUGCCACCUCGACCACCACCACCUAUGGGACCACCUCCAGUUGCCCCACCACCUAUACCCCCUCCUUCAAGUGUGCCACCCCCUGGCCCACCUCCAGCAGCUCCACCACCUCCUCCUGUACCCCCUCCAGUUCCUAUGCCAACAGUACCCAACAUUCCUCAUCCCUCCGUACCACCACCACCCCCACCUCCUGCACCACCCAUGCCAAACUGA